AUGAACGUACAUGAAGAGGAUUUUGCACAUAGCAUACCCUCAAAAAAGGUCAAUUCCCUGGCUGGCUUCGAUCACGGCUUCGCAGAUCGAAGUGUAGUACCACCCGACCAACGGCCGCCAGCAUUGGGGUACAUGCCACUACCAGAGCCCCGUGCAGAGCUCUCCCACAGCGCCUCCCAGGAUCCAUAUCACUUCGCGGAUAGACGAUCGGACAGACCUAUGAACGGGAGGAAUCUCAACCUGCGCACCAUGACCAACACAGCUUCGAUGCCAGAAUACAACACAUAUCUCGAGCGCGAUCACACUGGAUCACCACUCCAGCGAGCACACUCCGUUCACUCUACAGGCCAUCUCCCGCCAGGAAUGUAUCCUCCGCUGCGACCUGAAGGUCCAACAGAGCAGACCGUAUCAUCGCCCCAGACCGACCGACGCCUGCCUUCUUUCCAUCAAUUGAGCAAGAUUGCUGACAGUGGACCGGAAACGGGUGAUACGCGGGCCACUGGAUUACCUAACCUCGCCACAUAUACCGGUCAAAUUAUCCCACAGACAGCGACGGCUUCUCACCACCACUUUGCGCCGUCACAGCAGUCCAGUCCUUCGACCAAUCUCAUGAUGCUCGGCCACCCAUCGCCCACUAAUACUCGAAAUGAUGGCCACGAAGCCUAUGCACCCUCGCACUCGCCAGCUUCAUUCUCGGCCCCAAACAAUAAUUUCGACCACAGGCGCAAGUCAGCCCAGCACAAUAGGCCUCCUCCAUUUAUACCUACCAUGACAUCUUCCUCGAUGGGAACCGGAUCUUCUAUGGAAACAGUACCUAGUCUACAGAGCCAACACAGCUCUGAGGGCCCAGGUUACAGCACGAACCAUACAACCCCCAUGGGAUCUGCCAAUUCUUCUCUCGACGGUACUACAAAGUCAUCGGGUGUGCCUCGUUUACACAACUCAACAUCAGCACCUUCAGGCUUCCUGUGCGAGUACCCAGGCUGUUCCGCACCACCCUUCCAGACACAAUACCUCCUUAACUCCCAUGCGAAUGUACAUAGCUCCAGUCGGCCACACUAUUGUCCUGUUAAAGGCUGCCCUAGAGGUGAGGGUGGUAAAGGCUUCAAGCGAAAGAAUGAGAUGAUUCGGCAUGGACUGGUCCAUGAUAGCCCUGGUUAUGUGUGCCCCUUCUGUCCUCUACGGGAACACAGAUAUCCCCGCCCGGAUAAUCUUCAAAGACAUGUUCGUGUCCACCAUGUAGACAAAGACAAGGACGAUCCUUUACUUCGAGAGGUUCUAGCCCAACGACCCGAGGGGGGUGGCCGAGGUCGCCGUAGGCGCGCGGGUCCGACUUAA